UCCACACAACAGCAAAUCUCAAGAAAUAAAAGCCCAACAUUCAAUAUAAUGAAGCCUUCCUUCUUUUCCCUCUUUGUUCUCUUUGCCUUCUUCACUUCUUUAACCACAGCCAAGUUUCUCGUUGACAGUCAAGGCGAACCCAUUGAGAAUGGCGCCUCAUACUACAUCACCGGACUUAUCAGGCCAGGACCUGGUGGCAUGGAUCUCGCUAAGACUGGAAAUGAAACUUGCCCUUUUAGUGUUGUGCAACUGCCAACUAGCAUUUUUCCCGACUACGGCUUGCCUUGGACAGUUACGUCCCCAUUAAAAAUUAGAUACAUCACACCAAGCACUAAUGUGGACUUCUUCUCUGUUGAGGGAAAAGUACCAUCAUGUGUUCCUGUGCCAUCCAAGUGGACUAUUGUUGAAGGAGAAGAUGGGGUAAAGUCCGUGAAAAUUAGUGGUGGGUACGAGAAAACUCUGCAGGGUUGGUUUAGGAUUCAACCAUAUACUCUUAUCGCGUAUAAGAUUGUGUUCUGUCCCAUUAACGGUGAUUCUUGUAGAGAUCUUGGGAUUGCUAUAGACCAUGAUGGAAACUGGCUUUUGGUUAUCAUUGAUGGUUAUCCACUUCUUGCUGUGUUCACAAAAGCUGAAUCAUCUGAUGCACGUAGAGCCUCUAUCAUGUGAAGUGUAAUCGACUACGAAUAAGUAAUGCGCAAGGUUAAGCUUAGCAAAUUCCUUGCACUUUGUGAUAAUUUAAUAAAAUUACACUUCAAGUCUCUCUCUCUCUCAAAGCUUCUUACUUCUAUGUUAUGUUUGAAUGCAUGUAGAUU